AUGUAAAAGUGUACAUCUCAAACCUUGCCACUUAUCGUCACAGACGACCUGUUCAAGAAUAAUAAAACAUGGCCACUUGGUUUGAGUGUCAACAUUUAUAACAUUUUGAAAAUAGACACUGGGGUUGAGCAAACUUUUCAAGUUUCAUUUAUCCUUAAAACUUCAUGGUAUGAGGAGAAGAUGAGACACAUUGAGAAGGACACUAUCAUUAAAGAUCAUGAUGAUUUCGAAAGACCAAAAUUGCAAGUAAUGAAUGCACAAGGUAUCGAAAUCUAUGAUGAAAAGAUGAAAGCAUUGAAAGGAGGAUUGAUGAUAUACAAAAUCAAAUACAAUGCCACUAUUAAAGAGAACUUCGAACUUUGGAACUUUCCCUUUGAUUAUCAGCCUCUCCAUUUAAGAAUUAGAGCAACUUCUCCAGUUUAAAACAUUGUGUUUCACGAAUCCUUUAGAUUUGGUGGAAGGGACCAAUGUAAAUUCGAAGAUUCAGAUUUGGCUGAUUUCGAAUUCAGAGAAGAUCUUACAAGAGUGAUAUUUGACAAUUCUAAAUAAAGAAAUGAAUUUAUCUAUCAAGUCGUAUAUAAAAGGUCUAGAGCUUAUUACUACUUUCACAUCUAUUUGCCUCUGUUUAUUCUGGAAUUUAUUACCUUCAAUAUUGCAAUGCUAAACCCAGCAGAUAAUUUUGCUGAUGCGAUUAAUAUUAUAUUGAUCUCUCUUUUGACUUAGAUUACUUUCCGCUUGGGUUUAGCAGACAUCCUUCCAAAGGUAGCAUAUUUAACCCUGGUAGACUACUAUUUUUUAUUGAACAUAAUUUAUUCAUUGUUUCUUUCCAUAACUGAGAUAGUAUUCUAUUUCAUUGAAGUAGAAAGAGACGAACGAAUCUAUUACUUCUUAGUGCUAUUUGGCUCUUGGGCAUUUCUCAAUAUCAUUUAUUUCCUGGUCUUAGCCUGCAAGCGAUUUACAUUUGCUGAUUGCGAUGAACAAAUAAGGUUACUGGCAGGGAAAACAAAUGCAAUUAUAAUGAAGGACGUACAUUUCAUUAAGAAAAAAGAAAAGUGA